ACAACACGAAAACAUUGCGUUUUUCUCACAAUUUAAGCCUAAAUAUACUUAAUCUGUCUCUAUGUUUCCUACAAGUUGAAGAAAGUAGGAAUCUCUACUAGUCAAAGUUAAAUAAUUGUUACUUUAAGUUAUUGUUGAACAUUAAUUUGUCUUAUGAAAUGUCAAAAGCGGAAUCUACUUCUCGAGGCGGCACCGAUGGCCUGAACGUGGAUUUUAUGCGUUCACUAGUCAAACAAUACUCUGAACUGGGUCUAUGGACUAGUGCGCUGUUCUGGGCGGAUGCAGCAGCGGCCGCUGGCAGUGGGUCAGGCACAGCAAGUGGAGAUGAUGUGUGGUUGCUUGCCAGUGCCAUGUUAGCCCGGGGAGAGUACCAUAGGGCCUCUUAUGCUGUCACAUCUAGAGGCUUGCACAAACAACACUUACUAUGCCUGGGCGUAGCAAUGCGCGCUCAUCUAGUGGCGCAAGAGGCUACCACGGCGCUGGCGCUCUUCGAAGAGAGUGAUCCCGCACUUUUGGAGCCCCGGAGUGACCAGACACACAAUCGUGCGCUAGCGGGCGUGCUAGUAUCGCAAGCACGAGCACUCUCCUCGCUCGAGCGUCGAGACGCGGCUUCAGCGGCGCUCUGCAGCGCACUCCGAGCUGACUGCGCGUGCGUCGAGGCGCUCGCGCUGUUGCACCGGCAGACACCGCUCACACACAAGCAGGAAAUAGAGUUGCUGGACUCUCUACCCAUUAGUAGCCAGUUAGGUGCCGCGGAGGGUGCGCUGCUGCGGGCGGCGUAUCGGGAUCGGGUGUACCGGCAUUCUACGCCCCCGCAGGAUACUAACGAUCCGGUAUCGUCGUCGACAGAAGUGGUCCGCGCGCGCACGGGCGAGGCGGCCGCGUCGCUCGCGCGCCGCCGCGCCGCCCGCUGCGACUGGGCCGGGGCCCUCAAGGCCCUCGACGGAGUGGACCCGUGGUGUGCCGCCCCAGUUAGGGCUGCGUGCUUAGUGGAGCUUAAGAAGAGUGCGGAACUGUUUGCGUUCGCUCAUACACUUGUGGACGCGUAUCCGAAUUCUUGGACGUCAUGGUUUGCUGUGGGAUGCUACUAUUAUUUAAUAGGCAAGAACGAGUUAGCGCGGCGAUACCUAAGCAAAGCGAAGAGUUUGGAGCCCGGCGCGGGCUGUGCCUGGCUCGCGCAGGGACACAGCUUCGCCGCUGACAACGAGCACGACCAGGCCAUGGCGGCUUACUUCAAGGCUAGUCAACUAAUGGCAGGCAGCCACUUACCGCCGCUGUACGUGGGCGUGGAGUGUGCCCUGUUGAACAACUUUACUAUGUGCGAGCGGUUUCUACUACGCGCUGCUACGCUGCACUCUUGUACAGAGACGGGUGAGGAAGAGGGCUGGGACACCAUAGCCCGCGUAGUCAAGGAGCCUCAUGUGGCUCACGAGGCGGGGGCUGCUGCCUUCGCCGCGGGACAACAUCGAGCCGCUAAAGAGCUGUGGCUGGCGGCGUUACAAGCUGCCCCCGAGGGCGAGAGCUUGCACCCGCGCUGGGCGGCGACGCUGGACGCGCUCGGGCACUCGUGCCGCAAGCUGGGGCAGCUGUCGGAGGCGCUGGAGUGGCACUCGCGCGCGCUCGCGCUGCGGCCCGCGCGCGCCGCCGCGCACGCCGCGCGCGGUCUGUGUCUCGCCUUGCUGGGCCGCGAGCGGGACGCGGCCGAGGCGCUGCACGCCGCGCUCGCCCGCGACCCCGACGACGUGGUGUCGCUGGCGCUGCUCGACGCCAUCGUGGACAGGCUGGACGCCGCGCUGACAGAGGAAGAAAUCCCAGCCUUCCCGUUCGGUCCCGUGAAGAUCUCCCUGCCUGCCACUCUCGCCCCGCCGCCGGCGCCGGGCGGGGCGAGUGCGCCUGCCACGCCGGGCGGCGGCGGCACAGACCACUCCGACAUGAGCAUGAGCUUCGAGAUCAGCAUGAAUAACGACUGAAUGUACUUCAUUUAUAACUCUAAAAUCACUAUGAUUGAGGAAAAACGCAAAAAGAUGACGCUACAAACCUAUCGCUAUCCUUUAAGGCCGUACCAUCGGUUUGCCACUGUCUUUGUCACAUUUCGCAAGAAAGAACGGGAAAGAACAUACGCGCCAAGUGUCAAUUUUGAUCGAAUUUUGUCGGUUUUUAUUUAUUUUAAAAACGUUACCUUACAAUAUCGAAAUUCUAAAGCUAUGAAAUUACUAUUUAUGUUAAGAUUGUUUUUCUUCUUUUUUUGUUUAUAGUAUCACAUAAUAAAUAACCGAGUAAAGUAGGAUUAAAAGUCCGAGGUAGAGGUUACUUUGGGAAUUAAUUGUAUCGAGCGAAGUGUCAUAAUUCGUGUAUCGGAAGCUAUGUUGUUAAAGAUAAUAUAGUCAAGAACUACAUAUAUUUUUUUCACGUCUACGAAUAUCAACGCCUCUUAGAAAAACAUGAACAUAUAAGGAGAUUUUUCGCCUUCUGGCUCAGGGAACCGCCUUAAAAACAAAUGAGCGUUUUCCAAAAAAAACGGCCAAGUGCGACUCGGACUCUCACACCGAGGGUUCCGUAUUUUUUAGUAUUUGUUGUUAUAGCGGCAACAGAAAUACAUCAUCUGUGAAAAUUUCAACUGUGGUUCAUGAGAUACAGCCUGGUGACAGACAGACAGACGGACAGCGGAGUCUUGGUAAUAGGGUCCCGUUUUUACUCUUUGGGUACGGAACCCUAAAAAUGUACAUUUCAUUCAUAUCUUCAAAAUAUUAACUUCUUGGGCUCAUUUUACUCAGAAUCAUUUGUACAUUCACGCCUUAUACCUACAUAAAAAAAAAUAUCCCAAAAUUGUGUAUGAAAAAAUAUUUUUCCAGUGUCACGUUCAUACAAAUAAAUAAAUUAUUUAUACAAAAAUGUGACGAUCUGGUAAGGAAAUCUUGGGACACAUUUUUUCAUAUACGAGGCGUGAAUGUACAAA